AUGGACUGGGCUCCCGCCGACGUCGCCCCGUCGAGCUCUUCAGCUGUCGGCUUCGGGGAGCCUGCGGGAAAGGGAACAGCUUCCCCAGAUGCAACGAUGGUGUCCGCUCCCACCAACAACCUGAACCCACACGCAGACCCGGGCCACCACCCGCCCGCACCACCGGCUGCUGCGGUGGCAACUGUUUCGGCAAUUGCUGGACCGUCCGGACAGGCACAUGGGGGGUGGGAAGGUGUAGCGGGGAACCAGGAAGGAGAGCCCGAUGCCGCCGCCACGGCCCGAUCGACGGAUCCACGACCGGCAGGCGGGCGUGGUCGAGACAGGACGCCCCCGCCGCGGUCGACCACGGGCCCGGCGGCUUCCAACUCCGCGAUCAUUGCCGUUGUCGACCUGCGUGCCCUUCAUCAGCAGCAGCAGCGGGCUCGGGCUGAAUGCGACGACUUGGUGCAGAGGGGUCUGCCCACGGAAGCGUCGCCGUCUCCUUCGCAACAGAAUGCUCCGUCGCACGGGCAGCAGCAGCAGCAGCGCCCCAGCCCUGACAACGGCGGAGACAACAAGAGCACCCAGAAGAGAAAGAGGAAGUCCGGUAGAAAGGCCAAAAAGAAAGACACGGACGAGCACCAACCGGCCGGGACGGGCGCUACUUUCUAUGCGCCUGGAAGCGUGCCGUCGGGGGCGUGGCCCGCUGUGCCAGCGACAACGAGACCGUCGACGAAUCCACGGGCAGCGAGAGGGCGAGGUCGAGAGGCGACGCUACCGGCGUGGAUGACUGCGACCCAGGCAACUCCGCCGGGUGGACUUCAACCGCAAGCGGGGCCUGGAACCAAUUCGCGGAUGCCCGGGCCUACGGGGUUGCCCUCAUCUGGGCCGCAACAGGGUGCCCAAACCACUGCCCACGGCGACAACAAGACAAAGAAUAAAUCAGAACCAAAUGACAAGAAAACCCAAGGAAGAGGAGCCACCACACUGGCGUCCGCAGCAUGGCCUACCGACUACCACCAGGAAACGUCAACAACGGUGGCAGUGCACGGUCGAGGAGCCCCGCUCGGGACGACGGUGCCUUCCGGGGCACGCACAAAUGCUGCGCCAGGCGGGCUCCAACAGCAACCGCAGCUUGCGAGCCCUCGGGCUCCUCGACCUCUACCGGCCGGGUUGAACUCGUCUCGCCCUAAAGAGAAUAAUCAGAUUGUUUCCUUUGGCAAGGGGAGCGCUAGCAUCCAGAACAAACCGAAAAAGAACAAGAAAAAGAAAAAUAACAAGAAAAAGAAGAAGCCCCAAGCGGCCGGGACAAGCACUACCCAAUCGGCGUGGCCUUCACCCGCCGACCUAAAGAGAAGCGAUGGGAGUGCGAUUAUUCAGAAACUUGCUGGGCCUGCACCCGCAGCUACGGUCAAGUCGAACCACCGUGCCCCCAAGAAUGGGUGGGUGGCAGCGGUCGGCGCUUUCCACGGACAGGGGGCGUCAAAAACGGUGUGGGCAGGGGGCGGCAGUGGGCCUUCAAGGCCCAAGAGAAACCGGGAAGAAGAGCUAACGACGGCCGAGAUAACCACCCGACUGCGCGAUCCGAGCAAGGCGCCGGGGCAGCAGCAGCAGCAGCAAACGCCUGACGAGAUGAUCGACAUGGUACGGCGGAUGGCCAGCAUGGGGGUAGCGACGGUGCCGAAGAAGAAGAAAUCGACUCUUGACGCAAGCAGGGAGCCGAAGGCGCUGAUCGCUACCAGGGCCCGAUUCCGGAUAAUACACCACCACGCCCUUCCGAGCCAGCAGCAGUUGGUACUUUAUAAGCCACCAACCUUCAACAUCGCCAGCGGCCGAAGCGGCGCAACCAGAAGCAACCAAUCGUCGUGGGUCCCGCCCCCACGUGCCCCUCUUGCCAUCAAGCCUUCAACUUGGACGACCCCGAAGCAGCCGCCACCACCGCCGCCGCCGCCGCCGCCGCCCUCUCCUCUUGUGGUUAUCGACGGAACCGAUAUCGCGCUUACCUACUGGAGAACGGAUGACCGGUGGUCCGCUCUCCAGCCUCUGCUGGCAAUCCAGUUUUUCAAGGAACGGGGAGUGCCAUGCGUGGCCUUUCUACCCCGCGAACGCGUCUACGGCGUCACCCCUCAAGACGAUUUCUACACCGCGUUUCACGAGGCGCGGAGCCGCAGAGCAAUCUCGGAAAUCCCGCAGGGAGCAAACGCGAGUCUUUUCAUUCUCAAGCACGCCAUCGAAAACAACGCCUACGUGGUCACUAACGCGCAGCUCAGCGGCCACAUCGCCAGCCCGGCGACACUAGCUUCUCUGGGGCAGACCAAGAACGAACUACACUCUUACCUCUCCCGCUCUCAUGUGCGCUACACAUUCGCCGGAGAUGACUUCACGCCCGACCCUGAAGCGCCGCUCAUCAAGAUGUUCGCGAAGCAGGCGUCGGGAGCAAACCAGACGAGGGGCAACACGACACGCGGGAGAACAACCGAGCCUGGCGUGAUCACCUCUCCAUUCCCUCACCCAACCAUGUGA